CGAAGAUGGCGGACGAGGAGGCCGAGCAGGAGAGCGGUAGCCUAGGUGGCGACCUCCUGGAGCUGCGGCGCCUGCGGGAGCGGCUGGUGGAGCUAGAGACGGGGCUGCGGGAGAGCCCCGAGCCGGCGGUGCAGGCGGCUACCGAGUACUGCAAGCAGCUCUGCCAGACUUUGCUGGAAUAUGCAGAAAAGUGGAAAACAUCGGAAGACCCUCUGCCCCUGUUAGAGGUGUAUACAGUGGCUAUCCGAAGUUAUGUUAAAGCACGACCUUAUCUUACCUCUGAGUGUGAAAAUGUAGCCUUUGUGCUUGAACGUUUAGCACUAAGCUGUAUUGAACUUCUACUGUGUCUGCCUCUCGAUUUACCUGAAAAUAAAUGGGAAGAAUUUCAGGCUUUUGUACAGGUGGCCCAUAAAAACUUGAUGGAAAAUGGCAGCCGGGAGCUGCAUAUUUUAACUACACUUACUCAAGAGAAAGGGGUGUGGAAGAACCCAGUGUUGUGUGGUAUUCUUUCCCAGGAACAGUUGGAUCCAGAUAAAGUGAAUGAAUUUUUAGUGUUUGAAGGCCCUGUCCUGCUGGAUAUGCGUAUUAAGCACCUAAUGAAAACGAAGCAAUUAACACAAGCUACUGCCCUGGCAAAACUGUGCUCUGACCAUCCAGAAAUCAGUGCAAAAGGCAAUUUCAAGCAAACCUACCUGGUCUGUCUUUGUUCAGGAUCACCAAAUGAAAAGCUAAUGGAAGAAAUUGCCGAAGUAGAUUGCAAAGAUGCUCUAGAAAUGAUCUGUAACCUAGAAUCUGAUGGAGAUGAAAAAAGCGCUCUCAUUUUAUGUGCAGCAUUUUUAUCUCGCCAGCUGCAGCAAGGAGAAAUGUACUGUGCCUGGGAACUGACUCUUUUCUGGAGUAAACUGCAGCAGAGGGUAGAGCCUUCUAUUCAAGUGUAUCUAGAGAGAUGUCGACAACUUUCUGUGUUAACUAAGACUGUUUAUCACAUUUUCUUCCUGAUUAAAGUAAUUAAUUCAGAGAUCGAUGGUGCUGGACUUGCAACGUGCAUUGAACUGUGUGUGAAAGCGUUGCGCUUGGAAUCUAGUGAAAAUACAGAUGUCAAGAUAUCUAUUUGCAAGACUAUCUCCUGCUUGCUUCCAGAUGAUUUGGAGGUUAAACGUGCUUGUCAGCUGAGUGAAUUUCUUCUCGAACCCACUGUGGAUGCAUAUUAUGCUGUUGAAAUGCUAUAUAAUCAGCCUGACCAGAAGUAUGAUGAAGAGAAUCUUCCAAUACCAAAUUCUUUGCGCUGUGAGCUCUUACUUGUACUGAAAACUCAGUGGCCUUUUGAUCCAGAAUUCUGGGACUGGAAAACUCUCAAGCGUCAGUGUCUGGCACUGAUGGGAGAGGAGGCAUCCAUCGUGUCAUCAAUAGACGAACUAAACGAUAGUGAAGUUUAUGAGAAGGUUGAGGAUUGCCAAGAAGAGACUAAAGAAACUUCUGUGAAUGGGCUUGCUGGCACUUUUGAUGAAGCUACAAGCCUUCUUAAGGGUAUCAGAGAUGAAAAGCAGAAAAAGAGAGAAAUUAAAAAACUCAGAGAAAGGGGGUUCAUAUCAGCUAGAUUUAGGAACUGGCAAGCUUAUAUGCAGUAUUGUGUGUUAUGCGAUAAAGAAUUCCUAGGUCAUAGAAUAGUUAGGCAUGCACAAAAACAUUAUAAAGAUGGAAUUUACAGUUGCCCUAUUUGUGCCCAGAAUUUUAAUUCUAAAGAAAACUUUGUUCCCCAUGUAACUUUGCAUGUUAAAAAAUCCAGCAAAGAGAGAUUGGCUGCUAUGAAACCACUGAGAAGACUGGGAAGACCUCCUAAAAUAGCAACUGCCAAUGAGAAUCAGAAAAGUGAUUCUGUAUCCAAACAGGAGCAGCGACCCAUUAAGAAGAACAGUCUCUAUUCAACUGAUUUCAUUGUGUUUAAUGAUAAUGAUGGCUCGGAUGAUGAGAACGAUGACAAAGAUAAACCUUACAUACCAGAGAUCGUGCCAGUUCAGAAGCCACUACCUGUUAAUGAAUUUACCUGCCCCGUAACAUUUUGUAAAAAAGGCUUUAAAUAUUUUAAAAAUCUAAUUGCACACGCAAAGGGGCAUAAAGAUAAUGAAGAAGCUAAACGUUUUCUUGAAAUGCAAAGCAAAAAAGUGAUUUGCCAGUACUGUAGACGACAUUUUGUAAGUGUUACUCACCUGAAUGAUCAUUUACAAAUGCACUGUGGCAGCAAGCCUUAUAUCUGCAUACAGAUGAAAUGUAAGGCUGGUUUUAACAGUUACGCUGAGCUGCUGACACACAGGAAAGAGCAUCAAGUCUUCAGAGCAAAGUGUAUGUUUCCCAAAUGUGGCAGAGUGUUUUCUGAAGCCUAUUUACUCUAUGAUCACGAAGCACAACACUAUAAUACCUAUACCUGCAAAGUCACAGGCUGUGGAAAGGUAUACCGUUCUCAGAACGAGCUAGAAAAGCACGUUGAGGAUCACAGCAAGCAGCCUGAAAAAGUGCAACAGCCUGAGAGCCAGACUAAUCAGCCUGACUGCAGUCAACCUUCGAAAGCUAGUGAAAAUAGUGAUGGAGUUGCUGUUAAAGAGGAAUUGGCAUCUCCUCUGGCUGACAACCGAAGUGGUUUUACCGAAGGAGAAAACAUUGUCUGGAGUCAAAUCAAAGCAGAACCAGUAGGGAAUGAAAGUGUAAACGCAUCAGCGAGUGUAUUGCAGCAAAGUGAUUCCCUGCCUGAUGCUGGUUCGGAGCAGUCCCCUGUGGGUUCAGUGAAGACAGAAGUGGUAAUUCCAGCGAGCGGCAUUAAGGUGCCUGCUGUUAACCAGAAGAUCCGAGAUAACUUUGUGAAAAGAGGUAAAUUGGCUGCUACUACCAGUAAAGUAGAUACCACUAAACCUGGAGCCCUGCAGUUGUGCUCCUCGGUUGACUCUUGUCUUCCAGUUUUUCAAGAGAGAAAGGAAGAAGACUGUCUCAGUCAGACUCAGAAUAUUCAAAAUAUUUCUGUGACCUCAGACACACUAAAACCAGAAGCCCUUGAGUCGAAAAGCUUAGAAAGACAAGUGAACAUUGUAAAUCCAUUCAGCGUGCAGAAUCAGGCAGGAUAUCGAAACAGCGUACCCAUUUCCAAACUUGAAAUUGAAGACAGUAUUAAGGCUGCAGCUAAUCUAUACAACCUGCCUUUAAAAACUUUAGAAAGUAUUACGUUUAUUCCUUCGCAGCCCAAUAUAAAUAGCUCUUUAGUUCCAGCUGUGUCACCAGCAGCCCCAAUCCAGAAAUUCAAUUGUCAGGUUGAGGGGUGUACUCGAACGUACAACUCAUCACAGAGCAUUGGCAAACAUAUGAAGGCAGCACACCCUGACCAAUACGCUGCUUUUAAAAUGCAGCGUAAAAAUAAGAAGCCACGAAAAUCCAGCAAUCUGCAAAGUGUGCCGAGUGAUGGGAAGAUCGCAUACCUUAUGCCGUCACAAGUGGUCAGUGCCAGUGGUGCUGCGUUUACUGCACAGAACAAACCUAAUUUGAAUCCCACCUGUUCCAGUCAAGUGCAACAUGUCUCCAGUACGCUUUUCCCAACCCACCUAGAAAAUUUGGCCAAUCCCGUGUUGCCUAUAGUGGAAAGCGUCAUAAAUCCAAGUUUGUCUACUCGUAUUAAAAGUGAGCCUGAAAGUGUUUUAUGUUCACAAAUGGAAAAUCUGUCUGGUGCAACUUUACCUUCCCAGUUGGACGAUCUGGCAAAAACAGUUAUGCCUCUGAAUAUUGAUGGCAGUUCAGAUCCUUUUCUUCCUUUACCUGCAGAAAAUGGUCCAAUGUCUCUCUUUCCUUCGUCAGCAGAGAAUCCUCCAAAUUCAGUCUUCUCACAACUGGAAAAUAACACAAAUAAUUUUUCAUCGCAACUAGAAGGAAACGCUGGUUCUGCUUUCCCGAAGGAGGAAAGUGUUGAUCAAAUAUUUCCCCCACGAUUAAGUAAUGAAAAUAACUUCAGUGAUACUAGUUCUCAACAUCCAGCUUCAGAAAAGGUGAAAAAAGAUCGUGGCCGAGGCCCAAAUGGGAAAGAAAGGAAGCCAAAACAUAACAAGCGGGCAAAGUGGCCAGCAAUAAUUAGGGAUGGCAAAUUUAUCUGUAGCAGGUGUUUCAGAGUUUUCACUAAUCCUAGAUCACUUGGUGGCCACUUAUCUAAGAGAUCUUACUGUAAGCCCCUUGAAGGAUCGGAAAUUUCUCCAGAAGCUCUGCAGGCUAAUGGGCAGUCUUUGCUUGCCAGUAUGAUUCUUUCCUCAAAUUCAUUAAACUUGCAGCAACCCCAGGAGUCUGCCUUCAACCCAGAGACGUGUUUUAAAGAUCCAUCAUUCCUCCAGUUACUUGCAGCUGAAAAUCGUUCCACAGCCUUACUGCAGACUAUGUUUCCCCGGGCCAAUGUGACUAACUUUAAUAGCAAUGGGAAUGAGGAAGGAAAUCAAAUUAUAAAACAAGCCUUGGAAACUGCAGGCAUCCCGAGUACCUUUGAUAACGCUGAAGGACUUCCACAUGUAGUUACCACAAGUUGUGUCACUGGUACGACUCAGAUAAAUGCAGCCGUUCUCCCCAACUCAACUGUGUCGCCUCUGCUGCAGACAGUCUGUAACCCCAGUACCCUGCUAACAGACCAAAACAGGACCCUUAAUGCCAAAAUUCCUCCAAUAAAUGAAUGCAAGAGUUUGCCUGUUUUUGCAACAGAAGACUUAAUGCUAAAGACUAUUGAAAACGGCUUAUGUCCUAGCUCGUUUUCUAAUACUGUUGCAGCAGCGCAAAACUUUGCAGGGAACAGUUCACGAGUUUCUGUUAUAAAUAGUCCCAAGAAUUCAGGGUCGAUCAACUUGAAUAAGAAGGGAACCAGUGCUUCUAAGAGGAAGAGAAAAGCAGCUGCGCCCUUGCUUGCACCCAAUACAUCGCAGAAAGUAGCAGUAAAUAAUACAACAACGAUGGGACUUCUAACAAAAAGCACUGAAGGGAACGUGCAAAUACAGGGAGAAAGUUUUCAGUCCAACUUGCUGGCAAAUUGUGGCUCUCAAGCGGUGGUGGAAAAUCUCACGCAGAAACUCAAUAAUGUUGACAAUCAGUUAUUCAUGGCCAGUAUCAAAGAGAACUUCAAAACAAACCUCGAGGCUCAUACAACACUACCCCCUUUAACAGUAAAAACUGAAAAUGGGGAUUCCCAAAUGAUGGCUGUAAAUUCGUGUGUGCAGGCAAAUUCGGAGGAACAGAUUUCAGAAGACAAUGUUAUGCAGAACUUUGAAAAAACGCUGGAAAUAAUUAAAACUGCUAUGAAUUCACAGAUACUUGAGGUGAAAACUGAAAUUCAGGAUACUGUCACUGCUUCAGGACAGACCCCGCAAGUAAAUAAUGCACAGGCUUCUUCGGGAAAUUCUGCACAUAGUGUAAAACUACCCACUCCCACACAGUUUGUUGUGCAUGUGGGGAACGUCACCACUGCAAAGAGUAGCUCUGCUCAGUCUGAGACAUCUCAAAAGGAUGAUACGCAAAUAUUGGAAAUUUUGGAGGGCUUGCAAAAUCUUAAACUAGAAAAUGAUUCACCCGUUCAGAUUUCUGAGACUGUUUCCCAGUGUCCUCCGGCAGAUACGCUAGCACCAGCAGUUCCUGUUGUAGCAACCGAAACCAAACCCCUCGUCCAGAUAUCCUCAGAGGCAAGUAACAUUCAGUUUAGUGAUAAAGUUAAUAAGCCUUUUGUAUGUCAGGAUCCAGGCUGCAAUUAUAGUGCUAUGACAAAAGAUGCAUUAUUUAAACACUAUGGCAAGGUUCAUCAGUACACUGCAGAAAUGAUACUAGAAAUUAAGAAACAUCAACUGAAGUAUGCCCCCUUCAAAUGUGUUGUAGCUACUUGUCCAAAAACAUUCACAAGAAACUCUAAUCUCCGAGCACACUGUCAGCUUGUACAUCAUUUUACGACAGAGGAGAUGGUGAAAUUAAAAAUCAAAAGGCCUUAUGGCAGAAGAUCUCAAAAUGAAACGGUAAACACAGCCCCACGACCUGUUGAAAUAAAAACUUUGCAGACACUAAUAAUAGAAAACAAAACUGCAGCUCCGUUGGUGAAAGAAGCUCAGAUAAAGGAAGUUGUAGAGCCUGUAAAAGUCUUGGAAAAACUUAAACCAGAAAGCAAUGUUCCUGAAAGACUGGAAAAACCUCCCCAGGUGGUUUCUGUUCCACCGGAGCAACAUAAUGCAGCCUCUCUUGGUAGUACACAGGCACAACCCAAAGCGCGCAAGGUUAGGAGGUACAGGAAGGAAAAAGAGGAGAGAAAACGUAGGAAGCCCGUAGCAAAAUCUCUGGAGUUUCCCACUAGAUACAGCCCUUAUAGACCAUACCGGUGCGUCCAUCAGGGCUGCUUCGCAGCGUUCACGAUACAGCAAAACCUAAUCCUUCAUUACCAAGCUGUGCACAAAUCAGACCUCCCCGCCUUCUCUGCUGAAGUGGAGGAGGAGAACGAGCCAGGCAGAGAGGAACGCGACGAGGUGGAAAGCAAAGCUGCCGUCAGAGAGUUCAGGUGUGAGGUGAAUGACUGCUCUCGCAUCUUCCAGGAAGUUACCAGCCUGAUACAACAUUAUAUGAAGCUUCAUGACAUGACCCCAGAGCAAAUUGGAAACAUGAAAUCGGCUCCAGAGGCGGGAAGGUUUUCUUGUGAUCAGUCUCAGUGUAAGUCUUCGUUUACAGCGUAUCUUAACUACAUUGUACAUCUCGAGGCAGAUCACGGUAUUAAGAUAAGGCCAAACAAGGUAGAAGAUGACGGCGUAUUCAAGUGUGACUGUGAAGGCUGCGACCGAAUUUAUGCUACUAGGUCCAACCUCUUGAGGCAUAUUUUUAACAAACAUAAUGACAAGCAUAAAGAUCAUCUAAUAAGACCCAGGAGACUGACACCGGGUCAGGAAAACAUUUCAAGCAAAGCAAACCAGGAGAAACCGUUGAAGUCCAAACAAAGAGGACUCAAAAACAGAUCAGGAAAAGAAGGUAGCAGGCUGUCAGUGAAAACAAAACGAAAGAAAAACGUGAACUUGGAAAACAAAAACUCAAAAGCAAUGCAAGUUCAGGAAAAUAAGGCUUACUCACUGAAACGUGGCAAGCACGUGUAUUCAAUAAAGGCUAGGAACGAUGCCUUAUCGGAAUGUACGAGCAGGUUCAUAACUCAGUAUCCAUGUAUGAUAAAGGGAUGUUCCUCUGUAGUUACAAGCGAAAGUAACAUAAUAAGGCAUUAUAAAUGUCACAAGCUGUCCAAAGCAUUUACUUCCCAACACAGAAAUCUUCUUAUUGUGUCUAAAAAGCACUCUGUCUCACAAGUAAAGGAAGCUUCUUGUGAGCAAGAGGAAACUGAUAAAAAAAGUGAUGUGAAAGAGCCUGAACCGAGUUUGAUAGCAAGCAAUAAUGAUUCAAGCACAUCUCCGUUACCACAAAAGGAAACUGAAAAAGGUGAGAAGGAUGAAGUGGAUGAGCUGACAGAACUAUUCAUUACUAAACUGAUUAAUGAGGAUUGCUCAAGUGCUGAAAAUCAAGCAAAAAUCUCUUCCAGUGUAAAUAGUGACUUGCAGGAGACCAGCUCCUGCCCCUCAGAAAAGCAAAAAUCAAACAACUUAAAAAGAGCAAACAAAGAAAAAAAUGUCUCUCAGAAUAAGAGGAGGAGGGCCGAAAAAGCUGAGGAAGUACUGCCUGUUGACGCGAGUAGCAUGCACAGGGAGGAAGAGACUGCUGUCGCCAUUCAAACAGCCGAGGAGCAGCCUGCAGCUUUCGACUGGAGCUCAUUUAAGCCGAUGGGUUUUGAAGUGUCGUUCCUCAAGUUUCUCGAAGAGUCUGCUGUGAAGCAAAAGAAAAACACUGAAAGAGACUACCAUAGCGGCGGAACCAAAAAAGGAUCCCAUUCGAACUCCUCGCGAAAGCCCAACGAGAAGACCUCCGUAGCAAGUAACAAUGUCACUUGGUCGUGUUCUGAAACUGAAACCCUCGUACCGUUUGCCAACCCGUCACAGCUCCCGUGUGGUGAUAACGUAAAGAUAGUUUUAGACAAGACUUUUAAGGACUGCACUGAGCGUGUGUUGAAGCAACUUCAGGAAAUGAAACCGAUCGUCAGUUUGAGAAAGCUCGAAGGACGCUGGGAGGAUAAUCCAGAGGUUACAGCUGCAAAAGUAAUUGUUGUGGGUACCGAGGAAGGGGAGUCAAAAUACUGAAAACCUAGUGUGUUUAACCGUGACCUGUAAUAAAAUUUAUUUUGAAUAGGAAGCCAUCAAGCAUGCUAGUAACUGUGGAGCUCUUUUAUUUUGAAGUGAUUUAAUCUAGCAAAAAACAUGACAUGAGUCAUGUAAAUGUCUUAUUUGUUUUUAUCCCUAUGGGACUUGAAGAACAGAGUAAUUGCUUCAGUUUUGUAAAUACUUGAUCAAAACCUCAACUUUCUAUCAGAUUGUCCUUUCCAUGAACUAAAUCUUUGUGAGUUGUCUGUGAUUGGUAUCUUUCACCAGGUCACUGCUCAUGUAUAACAGUACUCUCUUUAUUUGUAGAUACAUUUUUUUUUUUUUGUAUAUAUUUAUUAUUGUAAAUCAUUUGCUGCCACCAGCAGUCUGUAAGUCUAAACUAUUAAAUGACACAUUUAUAUUCGGAAUUUUAAUUUGUAACUAAGUGAGCAAGUUUUUAAAACUGUCCUUUAAUCGUUUUAAAUUAAGAACUUUUGAACUAAACUAGCUAAGUCUGCCAUAUCCAGUUUAUUUUGCAUAAAGCAUUUAUUUACAGGAGAGGAGCUGGAUAAGAUCACAUUUCAUAGGUUAAACGUACUGACACGCUCUCAUUUUUGUAAAUUUUAACAUCCAGUAUCUAUGGAUGAUAGUCAUAUGUAGUUAACUCAUAAAUAUAAUAGUUUUCUUAUAGCUACAUUUUUCAUUGCUUUUAAUUGGAUACAAAGCAUUUAUGAUUCCAUAAUAAAAAUGGAAAUGUGAAUAAAAAUAGUUUGCUACAUUGGAGAUUUAAAACAAUAUUUGGUAUUAAAGAAUCCGUUGUGAAUGUGAUAGAAAAUUAGUAGUGUGGAGCAGUGUAUAUAUUUGAGGUGGUGAUUUGUGAAGUAGCCCAGUAUUGCCUUAAAUAAAAUCACAUUUCAUUUCUUGUUUUAUACAUGUGAUCUUAUAAAGGUUAUUUUUGUUUCUGUAACUUAGAUUGGUGUAUAGUUUAAUUUUUGUUAAAAAAACAAAACAAAAAAACUUCAGAAACCGUUUUUGUAAAUAGUGGGUUUAUAAAACAGAUGGUUUAUUUUGAUAAUACCAAUUUGGUAUCUAUCUAUAAAAUACGUGAGUCCUUAUGCCAUACCAUUAAAAACUGAAUAAACAAGGCACUUUCUGAAAGGGAAGUGAGAUUAUGAUCUUGCAGAGAAACUCAGUGGUUGUGCUCUAUUGAUGGCAUAGGCUCCCUCCGCGCUCUUCUGCCUCUCGCUGACUGUUCCUGGCCGCACUCUCGCCACCUCUCUCUUUUCCACACUGGAACGAGCCUCAGAAGCGGUGCUGCUUGUAGUGCCCGGGAUAGGAGCAAUUUCUCUGUAUGCUGCUAACCGAAACAGCAGGUAUCCAGUUUGUCGAGUAACCAAAAGCGUGAAUGCGUUGGUGGGAGCUGUCAGCACCCAGGAAUCUUCAGUGUUGGUUUUCGUGCGUGGUUUUGCUUAACUCGGAUGGGACGAGCCAGCUGGAUUGUGUGGUACCAAAAAUUCUGCUUGGAUUAUUCUCAUUACUGGAUGUGACCUACCUUCAGUAAUAUAAAAUAGUCUUUAUCUUGGGA